AUGUAAACAAGAAACUGGAGAAAGAAAAAAUAGCUUUUGGAAAAACUAGCUCGAAAAAAUGAAGCAACAUAGGCUAAAAAUGACCAGUAGUUAUCUGAAAGUAAUAGGGAGUUUUUCUAGAAGUUCCAGAAUUUCUAUGAAAACGUCAAGGACAUAUUGAUUCCGUCCUUAUAGUAAUGUAUAUUUGUAUUCAGGUUUCUGUAAGAAUAAUUUCAUAUUUCCGAAUUAUUAACUGACCAGGAAGUAUACUAAUUGCAAAUGGAUUUAAGUCAACAAUGGACUCCAAAGUUGAGAAAGAAUUGGACUGAUGACGAUAAAUAGAUUCUCAUUUGGAUUGUUUUAAAAAUUUGUGCAAGAGAUGGAACUAGUAUACGGAAAAUACCUAACAAGAUUUGGGAAGAGGUAGUAUUGUUGCUUAGUCGACGUACAGUUGAAUAAUGCAAAAAUAAAUGGAAUGACUUAUUGAAAUUAUCAUUAUAAUAAAUUCCAUGGACGGAAGAAUAAGAUAUACUUUUGCUUGAUUUAAUUAGAAAAAGCAAAGAGGAGGGUAAAUAAAACAAAUGGUGCAGGUUGGCCAAUUUACUCAAUCUACACUUUAAGGAAUCCCCGAGAACAGGGAAGCAAUGCAGAGAAAGAUGGAACAACCAUUUAAAUCCUGACAUAAAUAGACAUCCUUGGAAUCUUGAAGAAGAUAUUGAGUUGUUAGAAAUUGUAAAAAAACACCAUAGAAAAUGGGCAUUUAUUUCGAAAAAUUUAAAGACCAAAAGAAGUGAAAAUGCUGUCAAAAAUAGGUUUAAUUGCUUACUUAAAAAAAAUCAUUGCACCUCAAUUACAACCCUCAUCAACACGUUAAAAAAUAGAUUUAAAACUGAGAAUCCCACUAUUCCUUUAUCAGCCCUUAAGAAAUAGAAGGUGUACCACUAUUAUUAAAAAGAUCAGGAUCCUUAAAAAUAAUAAUAUAUUAGUUAAUCAACAAAUCAAACAUCAUUUGCAAUUAAAUUAUUUGAUAAUCUGAAUUUAAGCGACCUAAAAAACCUAUAGCCUGCAUUUUACAAUUCAAAAACUCAAACCAUUAUUAUGAGUUCUAAAUAGCAAUUAUAGACUUUCCUUAAUAAUCAAGUGAUUAAGGUUGAGAAUGGCUUAAAUGUGAACUUUUUUAGUGAAAUGAAUAUUUAGCAACCAGAACUUUCAAAUCAUGGUUCCAGCAUCCUUAAUAUCAAUGAUUCUUCAAAUUUUGUAAGGUAUGUACCAUGUAUGAUUCCUAAUUUGGUAUCACAAUAAACAGGGAACGAGGAUAAAAAAUCUCAAUUCAAUAUUCCUGGUUUAAAGACCUAGAACAGUCAAUAACAGGCAUUGUUAAGAAAUAAGAAUUGCAGUUCUUUCACAUUCUUUUCAAAUUAAUAAUAACUGGACAGUACAGAAAAAUCAAUUUAAAAUACUAGUCCAUUAUUAUAAAGAGAUUUAAUCGGAAUGAAUAAAUUACAGGUGGAAUUCACAGCAAAUGAGUGAAAACAGAUUUUUAUAUAUAUCAUAUCUAUACAAUAAGAACUAAAAACAA